AUGAAAUUUAGUUAUUUUGCUAACAGGGCAAUAAUUUUGGUACAAAGUAGAAAAAUAAGCAAAAUAUGGAGGUAACAAUGAGUAUAUUAAGAAAACUGACUAUAGUUGCUUUAAUUCUCGUUUAUGGUGAAUAUGGAACUCAAUCUAUUGGAACGCGUGGAAAAACUGAAAUCUGGUGUCAUGCCAACAAUGAAAGGAAAAACGUCACUGUGUCGUACAGAAUGUGUUUAAACGAAGCUCCAGUUUACGUGAACGCUACUGUGAAGCCAACCGUCUCGUCCCUGCCAAACCAAUUUAAAGUUACUGUCAAAAAGAUAGAUAGAUUCGGCUUCUUGGCUGAGAUAUUACGCGUGGAUCACGACUCUGGGUGGGAAAGUUUAUCCCUUACAGUGGAUUGGUUCAUUUACAUGCGAACAGAUAUGUCCAGUUGCCAGAAGCUGUAUGAUGUCGGCUACAGAAGAAAUGGCUUGUACGAUAUUUACUUGGACGAAAGAAACAAGUUGGAAGUUUAUUGUGACUUGGAAAAUCACGGUAGCGGCUGGACGGUGAUUCAGCGCAAUAUGGAUAAUCGAACAGAUUUUGAUCGAAAUUGGUUAGAUUACAAAACUGGAUUUGGAAACAAGCUUGCCAGCUUUUGGAUUGGGUUGGAAAAUAUACGAGCAUUGACAAAGAAUGGAGACAACGAACUUCGGAUAGACAUUACAACUUGCAACAACACAAAGAUCGUGGCUGAAUAUACUAAUUUCAUGGUCGGUCCGGAGAGUGACAGAUAUAGAUUAAACAUCACGGGUUAUCAACACCAACAAGGCAAUAUAUGUAACUUUGGGAACUUGAGUGAUCGUUGGCAAUGUGGAGGAACUGGAAUUACUCAACGAAUUUGUGAACAAAAAGGUUGCUGUUUCGAACCCAUGGCCAAAGGUGGUGAAAAGAAGUGCUUCAACUCAAAAGGUAAUAUCAACAACUUUUUGGCAGAUGGGAUGGCUAAAAUAAAUGGCCACAGAUUCUCUACUAAAGAUAUAAACAAUAACGUUUGUCCAAAAUCGAGAAAGGCAGGCUGGUGGUAUAACGGUUGUACACAUGCCAACUUAAACGGAAUAUACGAUCCGUGUAAAGUUGGAAAAAAAUAUGCUUACUGGCGCAAUUGGCAUCCGGGUGGCAUUUAUGAAGGUUUGCGAUUCAUCGAGAUGAAAAUACGACCGCAUGCGUAGCUGUGAAUCUGGUCGUGGCAGAUCACGUAUAACGUGACCGAAUAUGAUCCGUUGAGAGGACAUUUUUACGAAGGGUCG